UGGGUGGUAUCACAGGGAGUCCCGUCAUUUGAGUCAGGACACACAUGCCUCAGCAGUGAGAGGCUCCACUCCCGUUGGUUGGCCAGCAUCCCAGGGCAGACGUAAAGACAGAGAGAGAGAGAGAGAGAGAGAGAAAGACUGAGACGACUGAGAAUAAGAGAAAAAGGAGGAAAAGAAAGACAGCAAGAAGACAAGUAGACUAGAAAGUGGGAAGAGGAAAAGCGCCAAAGAAGUGUAAGUGUAAGUGUCCCUUCAUAGAAAGGAAAAGUAUUUGGAUUUGAAUUUUGGUCAGGGUGGCCCUUUAAAGUUUGUUCUCCCGGUAGUGUAUUUUUAUCCUGAGUGAGCGUGAGAGCUGAGUGUUUGGACUUGACAGCCAUGGCGGAUCCAGCAGGCUUGCAGAAGGAGCGAGUGGCUCUGACCGAGGUGUCUGACGACGACGAGGAGGUGUCCCUGGUGGCCGCAGCGGUCCAGCCCGCCACCGACAGCGAUGAAGACGAUCUUUCAGAAGAAGUGGACCUGGUGCUGGCCACGGGCUCGGGCACCAAGAGUGAGGCGCAGGUAAACGGGGUCAUGGUGCUGACUCUGUUAGACAAGAUCAUCGGGGUGGUUGACCAGAUCCAACAGACCCAGAACGGGCUGGAGGCCAGACAGCAGGACAUGGAGAAGUCUGUUUCUUGCAUCCAGGGAGAGCUGGCCAAGCUGUGUAAGAGCCACACUGGCACGGCCAACACCGUCAACAAGAUGCUGGACAAGGUGCGCAAGGUCAGCGUCAACGUGAAGACGGUCCGCACCAACCUGGAGAAGCAGGCGGGCCAGAUCAAGAAGCUGGAGAGCAACGAGAACGAGCUGCUCAAGAGACGACACUUCAAGGUUCUCAUCUACCAGGAUGAGAAUAAGGCCGCUAAAGCCUCUCUAAAGUCAUCCAAGGUGGCAGAGAAUGUAGCUGAGGGCUGCUCUGUGGAAGGGGGGCUGGAGCAGAUCCCUGAGGAGGGGGGCGAGGCGGCGCUCACUGGCCUCAACUCAGACGAGGAGGUGGAGAUCGAGGAGAUCAUCGAAGAGUCCCGGGCCGAGAAGAUAAAACGCUCCAGCAAGGCACGCGUGGACAACAUCAAGAAGGCCUUCUCCAAAGAGCAGAGGGAGAAGAGAGCGCAGAAGACCAAGGACAACCUGGAAAAGACCAAGCAGAAGACCAGGGAUAACCUGGAGAAGACCCGGCAGAAGACCCACGACAAGCUGGAGAAGACCAAGCAUAGCCUGGAGAAGAAGAUGAGCAAGCUGGGCAACAAGAUGACCCCCAACAUGGAGCGGAAGGAGAAGCUAAAGGGCUCCAAGGAGAUGUUGAAGAAGUCUCUGACCCCCGACCACACCGUCUACGCCCGCUCCAAGACGACCGUGUAUCGCGUGCCGCCCUUCACCUUCCACGUGAAGAAGUUCCGUGAUGGAGACGUGGAAGUGGUGCACACAGAGGGCACAGAGAUGGUGGAGGUGGCUGAGAAUGAGACCCUGCAGGCGGGAGAGGGAGACGUGGAGGUGGAGGAGCUGGUAAGAGUAGUAGACACUCCAGAGAUGGCUGCUGUCCUGGAGUUGGAUGAAGAGGAGGAGGAGGAGCUGGUGAGAGUAGACACCCCAGAGAUGGCAGCUUUCCUGGAGGUGGCUGAGGACCAGGUGGCAGAGCAUCUGAUCAGGCUGGAGAGUAAGGUCCCUGUGGUGAAGACAAGCAUGAAGACAACCAGCAAAUAACUCUGUCUACAGGGCCCAGCCAGAUUGGAAGAAUGAUAUGAUAGAGGGAUGAGGAGACAGAGGAGGAGAGUAAAGAAGAGGAGAGAAACAUACUACAUUAUGAUGACAGUGACACAGCAUGCAUGAUAAGGACUGUCGGGACAAUGUUCACAAUCUAUUCAUCUUAUAAUAAAAAUAAUAAUAACAUAAUAUGCCAUUUAGCAGACGCUUUUAUCCAAAGCGACUUACAGUCAUCCGUGCCUAAAUACAUCUUGUUUGAGAAAAAAAGUAUUACUCAUCAGGAAUUAUUUUCAAUGUAGUAUUUGCUGUUCUAGACAACAACAAAAAAGUUUAACCCAGGCCCGUAUUUUUGUUUCUUCCUUACAUAUUUUCUUGUCUUUUAGUUUGUGAAUGACUCUUGUUGGUCUAGUCUGGGAUAUUGAUGUUGAUAUAAUUUUGUUUAUUUUUUUGUUUUUGAAAUAUAAUAACCACAAUGCUAAUGGAAUAAAUAGUAGUUGCUAUUGUGAUUUGAUGUCCAAUAAUUGCUAACGUAGGAUAUACAGUACAUAACAGUGUAUAUGGAAAUAUCCCCCCUGGGCACAGACGUCAAUUCAACAUCUAUUCCACGUUGGUUCAAUGUCAUUUCAUUGAAUUGAUUUGGAAACAAAGUUGAUUCAACCAGUGUGUGCCCAGUGUUGGGGUGUCUUGAGAUUUUCUGAUUUGGUGGUCGGUGGUCAUGUGAUGUGUAGGUCAGAGAAAUUAAGUUUUGACAAAUGAAGAGUAAGAGCACACACUGGAAACACCUAAAGAUGGUUUCAACGUGCAUGGGGAGAGACACAGGGGACCGUCUUUUCCUUGACUGAAGAGUUUACAGAUCGGUUAAACAAAUGCUCACAGCCAUUUUGAGCAGCCAGAUUUCUACUGUAUGGGUGGGCAUACACGCUCUGUCAACAUGUCAAGGUUUUGAAAGGACAAGAUAGAUAAGAUAAGGAUAAAGAUUAAGCUAGUUUUCACUUUUCUUAAAGGAGCACUAUGAAGCUUUUAUUUCUGAUCAACAGUGUGGCCCUAAUGGUUAAUUGUUUUCAUUUUGGAGGACUGAGAGGGAGGGUCACGGCAAAUGCAAUAUUAAAAAGAAGAGGAAAAGACUCACUGAUUGGCAUAAAUUGAACAAUUUUUUGGUGCGUGUGUAACAUUUCAGCCACAAUCUUGAGUCAAUCAGGGAAAAACUAGUGUACCUUUAAAUGAUGUUAUGGGGUGGAUGGAUGCCAGGAGUGUAAAGUAAUCCUUCUCUUUAAUUAUUUCUAAAGUUUUUCACGUAAAAAACAGGAUCGCAACAGAUCCUAUUUUUUGGUUUUGAAACGGGGAACGAGAAGGAUGAAGGAUUAGUGAUGACUUGAAAGAGAUCUGAAUUUAGUUGCAUAGUUUUACCUUCCUUUUUUUUAAGAAUGUUUUAUCAAGUUUCUAAGUUGUACUAUAUUGUGAUAUCUGGAAAAUAGUUAUCUUUCUCUCAGUUUUUAGUUACCAGUGUAACCACCAAACUACCUGGUUGUUACUAGGGCUGGUCACUGAUGACAGGAGAAUGACAUUUUGAGCCGUCUUUUAAUCAAAGGUUCCUAGUGCCAUCGUUCUGUAGAAGUUAACUUUUUCACCGUUUUUUCUCACACUGUGCUUACAUGAUAAUGUUCAUAAAAAUAUAAAAAAAUUACAUUUUUAAUUGUACUGACACACAUUGUACAAAUGUAUGCAUGUAUGCUCACAGUGCUACAAGAAUCAUGCAUGUUCUGUACAUAUAUGCUAUAAUAAGCACACAUAUAACUGUGUUAACCUGCCACAUUACUGUUAUCCCAGAGGCUUCUCUCCUGGAAGUGGAGUCUGUCUGAGAUUGACAGAACCUUGCUUAUUGAAUCUAUCACCAUGGCCACAGCUAAUGACAGGAUAUAUCCAGCACUUCACCUGGAAUGCAUUGGGUGCUGUAAUUGUGGGGAGAAAAAGGAGAGAAUCUUGUAGGAACCCCUCCAGCACCUGUCAAUGUGCCAGGUGACAGUUAAAUGAAAGUCUAUAGUGACAUAUAGAAAUGUAAGUGCUAUCCAAUUUUGCUUGUGCCGGCAGCAAAUUACAAGGGAUUGUGAAUGACAUGGCAGUGUUACAAAGGUGAACAAAAAAAAUACAUGUCCGUUCCUGGACCUCAGUCUCUGUCUAUUUGAAUUACUUGUCAGCUUUUUGUGCCUGCGUGGUCUGGCAAGGGUCUGAUAUAGGGAGACGAUGGUGAUUAGAAUAGAUUAUUUGAGUUUGACGUGAAGUAAGACCAGUAAAUGCAAUACAAGCGAAAAGCUGUUGUCUCGUGUUCUUUUUCUACCUACAAGACAUGCCUCUGGAAAACAAAGUAGUGAGACAAUGUACAGAAGGGCUGAAAGCACACAGGGUCUGGCUCGAAGACAGUGCUACAGAAGGCUUUUCUACGUGUCUCCAUAGCCCUCUGUGUCUGACCGACCUUGAUGAUGGGGCCGGGGUAGGGAGGUCUCUAUGGAACACCAUUAGGAUAAUCAACGAGGCAGGAAUCUGAUUAAGGAGAGUGCUUUCUCUGAGGAGAGUGAGACAGAACACAGAGAGAGGACGUGUGUGUGUGUGUGUGUGUGUGUGUGUGUGUGUGUGUGUGUGUGUGUGUGUGUGUGUGUGUGUGUGUGUGUGUGUGUGUGUGUGUGUGUGUGUGUGUGUGUGUGUGUGUGUGUGUGUGUGUGUGUGUGUGAUAGAGAGACAGAGUGAGAGGGGGGGCAGGGUGAUCAUGUGGAGGGAGAGGUCAGUGCAGAGAGAAGGAGAGAUGAUGCAGUCAAAAAGCAACCAAAGAUAUUCCUCAAAAAAUCUGUAGGUCUUUGUGCAGUUCAUAUUUUGUGUUUACUUAAUGUUUUUACAAGGCUGAAAUGGAUUCUCAUGACAUAAAUGCCAAGGCCAAUACUGAACACACAGAUACAUUAAAGAUUGACUAAGUCUUUGUCAAACACGAGCUAAGUUUACCACCAUCUCUAAACAUCCCUUAUCUCCCCCAAUUAACCGAGGAGAUUAAUAGCGUUUCCUGCCUUCUUCAGGAGAGAAUGGAGAUACAAGCAGUGACCGCUCAUCUUUCAACUGUUUCAUUUAUUUGCCAUGCAGUGUAGUCUCACUGCAUUGUCAGUCAAUAUGCAGUUCUUUGUAGUCCCCCCAGGGUUGGGGCCAAAUGCAUUUAAAUUCCAGUAAAUUCAGAAAAUAAACCAAAUUACAAUUCCAAAUGUUCCUGAUUGAAAAGCAUUUAAGAUAAUUUGAAUUUCAGUGUACUUCCUGAAUUGUCUGGAAUUGAAAGACAACUGACCUCAACCCUGCAGGAUACUGUACAUAUCCUGAUUACAAGUAUAGAGAAUGUAGCACUGCCAUUUUCAGCUGAACUGAGAUGAUGAUAUCUCCCUGUUGUUAUGACAGAUCAAAUAAUAAAGCUUGCUUUUUCUGUUGAAUUAAAUGACUAUUUUUGUCUAACCACUUACAUAUCAAUAAAGAUAUAAGAUUUACACCAGA